CCGAGUCAUGCGCAAUUCAAGAACCUUUACUCUUCGACAAUUUGACGGCGUAUACGAAGAGAAAUGCUGUCGUUUUGUUCCCUACAUUUCGGAACAAAUGAUAAGAUAAAUAAAGGAACCGAGUGAAAAUAUCUCAAAUAAUCACUCAACACAAUACUUUCGCAAAAAAAAGUUCCAUAAUAAAUGAAUGAAUGAAUGAAUCAAUGCGCAUUGAGAACAAAGCGAAAAUCGGGCAUUGAUAAGAGCGUUUAACGUUCGCUUAUUAAAAUUCAAAUGAAAAUAGUGCAACCAGUGUCAGUGUAUGAAAAUGUGUAUGAAAUAUUUAACAAUUUCGGUUAAACUAUUGUGCUUUGAAUGAAAAUCGGAAGGAAAUAUUUUUCAAACGAAAAAUUAACGCAUUGAGUGAAAUUUUGUGCGUUCGGAAAACCAACUGCAUGUUGAGAAAAACAAAAAAAAACAGAAACUCAUCACUGACCUUGAGAUAUAAUACGUACAUACGUUAUACAGUUUUAGAUUAAAUAAAUGUAUAAAAACAAUUACGUAUUAACGAUUGAAGAUUAAAAGCGUUCGCAUAUUGUUUUACACUUGACCAGCGUAAUGAUCAUUUACUUUACUAAAUUUAUGGACGAAUUGAUUUUUUAUGAACGCAUUCAAGUUUCUCAAAAAAGCAUAUAUAAAACUCAAGCAUUGAAAUAGAUUUCGUGCAGACCUUUUGAUUUCAUAGCCUUCAUCAGCGAACAAUGGCGACCGGCUCUGAUAAAGGUAAAGAAGAAUUAUGCUUACCGGUCUAUCGUGCGACGACUUUACCACUCGAAGAUUCAAAAAAUAAUUACACAGUAAAAUAUUUAAAACCUAAGAAAAAGCGACGUCACGAUAAAAGCGAUUUAGGCGAGAACUUUAUAGCUCCUGAUGGUGGCUGGGCUUGGUUAGUGUGCAUCGCUGCGGGCAUAUCAAAUUUAACAGUUUAUCCCUGCCUGGUAUUGUUCGGUUUUAUAUUUCGCGAACAUUUACAAGUUUUGGGCUUAACAAAUGCUCAAAUUACUACCAUAAUCAACACUAAUCCGGCCAUUUCAGCAUGUUCAGGUUUAUUGAAUGGACCAAUGUUUCGUCGCUUCACAUUUCGUCAAGUAGCCAUAAUGGGCUCCAUAUUAAUAUUCAUUGGACUUUUCUUGACGGCGUUUUGCGAGACAUUUCUCUCAUAUGUCUUUACCUAUUCAUUAUUAUAUGGUUUCGGUAUGGGCAUAAGUGUCUCAGCCUCUAGUCUGGCUGUAAACACUUAUUUCAAGGAAAAACGUAGAAGGGCAGCAGGCUUCACAUGGUCGAUAACGGGCUUUCUACCAAUUCUUUUACCUCAUCUUGUCACUUAUCUAUUGGCUGUGUAUGGCGUUCGGGGUACAGUUUACAUAUUUGCCGCUCUCUCUCUGCACAGUUUUGCUUGUGCUCUUAUCUAUCAACCAGUUCUCUAUCACGUUCCAAAACCAAUAGUAGUCUUACCGCCAUUGAUAGCAUCCGAAACGAUGACAGAAUGCAAAUAUUGUGCACUGCUAAAGCAUAGAGAAGUAAAUAUAAAUUCGUCUCAGCACUUAAGCAAAGGGGAUGAUGAGUAUUCACCGGGCUUCGAAAUAACUGAACCGGGGACACCCAUGUUGUCGCGCGUCAACGACGGUUGGUUCGGUUCAAAAGUCUCCCUAUCCUCGGAUAGGCCGCGUUUACAUCGACUAUCAUCCAGUUGCAAAGAUUCCGAAAGUACUGCGCUACGUCAAAGGGACGAGGAAGAAUUAAGGCGUGGAAGCAUUUACAAAUCGAGCAACUUUAAAAGAGGGAAAGAUGAAUCUUUGAGUAGAGGGAAUUCAUUAAAAUCGGAAUCAUUGAAAUGCACUUGCAAUGAUCAAAGAAAAUUAUUAAAUGAUACAAAAAUUGCCGAAGAAGAAUCGAUGAAAAUUGAUGAGCCAGUAGAUAAGGCAAUAAGUAUGACAUUUUUCCAAAAGGUUAUUGUCUUCUUUGAUUUGGAUUUAUUAAAAGAUUUCACUUAUAUUAAUCUGGUGGCCGGCUUAACGAUGAUUAAUUUCAGCGAAUUGAAUUUCUCGAUACUUACACCAUUUAUAUUAAUAGAUUUCGGCUUAACUACUAAUCAGAUAACACUUUGUUUGUCCGCUUUAGGCGGUCUAGAUUUAACUACACGCUUCUUGUUACCAUUCUUAAUUGAGAAAAUCGCUUGGGACAAUCGUGUAUUCUUUUUAAUUGGCGUAAUAGGCAUGGCGACAGGCCGCACCAUAGUCGCUUUCAUACAUUCUUUCCCGGUAAUUAUUACCACAUUCGCAAUUAUGGGCAUUUUUAAAGGUGUACGCACUAUAUUUUGGCCAUUGAUUAUACCAAGUUGCGUGCCUCUAAAACGAUUGCCGGCAGCAUCGGGCUUACAAUUACUUAUUUCCGGUAUAUUCACUCUAAUCUCGGGACCUUUCGUUGGUUUAAUACGUGAUCGUUACAAUUACGCCGUAACACUUCAUUGCCUAAAUAUUAUGACUUUUACCGCUAGCUUAUUAUGGACGAUAGAAGGUUUGGUACGCCGUUAUUUUCGUAAACCCUCUAGUUUUUGCAAAGAAAAUGAAAACUUAUAACGAAUUAUAUUUUUG